AUGUCACUUGAAAACGGCCUAUCGGAUAAUCAGUUUGGUUUCCGCAAAGGUAGGUCUACUGUUCAUGCUAUUGGACUCGUAGUGGAGAAAGCAGGGAAAGCAAUGGCUGUAGAAAGUUCAGGCACGGAAAAGGAUUCUUGUUGCACUCGUCGCAAUAGAUAUCCGAAAUGCCUUCAAUCCGCAAGAUGGCACAUAAUCAUCGAUUCCCUGGCACGCAAGAAGGUCCCUUCCUACAUAUUAAGACUGAUAGUGAAUUAUAUGAGUGACAGAUGGAUAACCUAUGAUACGGAAACAUGGUCGAUGUGCGAGCAAAUGACUUGCGGCGCACCACAGGGAUCGAGGAUAGGCCCUCUUCUCUGGAACGUUAUGUAUGAUGAUUUCCUACGAAUGGAACUCCCAGAAGACACAUCUAUUGUUGGCUUCGCUGACGAUGCAAUUAUGGUCUCCGCUGCCGCCAGUGUAGAAGUACUAGGAAUAAAAGUAAAUGAUAGUCUGUCAAGAGCAAAGCGUUGGAUGGAGUGCAGAGGCCUGCAAAUGGUACUAGACAAGACUGAGGCUUUGCUCGUUACCGAUAGGAGAUCGUACCAAAAUCCCGCUAUCGAGAUAGAUGGCUACCGCCUAGAGUGGAAAAGGCAGAUAACAUACCUGGGUGUUGAGCUUGACAGGAGACUGAAGUUUGGCGCACACAUCCAAAGGGCUACUCUAGGUGCAAUAAAAUGUGCGCAAGCCUGUCAAGACUUAUGCCGAACAUUGGAGGCCACGAGCAUCUAA